ACAUCUCAACGCAACUCAACUCUCAGAGCUGAAAUUCGAAGCUCCGAAGGAAUGAGAUGGCCAUUAGUAACACUAUUCACCUCUUCAAGCUCUUCCUCUUCCUUCUAACUCUUCACUCUUCCCUCGCCGAGAUUUUCUUGGAAGAGAAAUUCGAAGAUGGAUGGAAGAGUCGUUGGGUAUUGUCUGAUUGGAAAAGGAGUGAAGGAAAAGCGGGUACCUUUAAGCAUACUGCAGGAAAAUGGUCUGGAGAUCCUGAUGACAAAGGUUUGCAGACAUAUAAUGAUGCCAAGCAUUUUGCAAUAUCUGCGAAGAUAGCAGAGUUUAGCAACAAGAACAGAACCCUAGUGGUCCAGUAUUCUAUUAGAUUUGAGCAGGAUAUUGAAUGUGGUGGCGGUUAUAUUAAACUCCUUUCUGGUUAUGUCAAUCAGAAGAAGUUUGGUGGUGAAACCCCUUAUAGUUUGAUGUUUGGACCAGAUAUAUGUGGCUCGCAGACGAAGAAACUCCAUCUUAUACUAUCUUACCAGGGGCAGAAUUACCCUGUUAGAAAGGAUUUGCAAUGCGAAACUGACAAAUUGACUCAUUUCUAUACAUUUAUUCUGAGGCCCGAUGCCUCUUAUAGUAUCCUUGUUGAUAAUCGAGAAAGGGAUUCUGGAAGCAUGUACACUGAUUGGGAUAUUCUUCCUCCAAGGAAAAUCAAGGAUGUCAAUGCAAAAAAGCCGGCAGACUGGGAUGAUAGAGAGUACAUUGAGGAUCCUAAUGAUGUCAAACCAGAGGGAUAUGAUAAAAUUCCAGCUGAAAUUCCUGACCCAAAAGCCAAGAAGCCUGUUGACUGGGAUGAUGAAGAUGAUGGACUAUGGAAGGCCCCUAAGGUUCCUAAUCCAGCAUACAAAGGACCAUGGAAACGCAAGAAAAUCAAGAACCCCAACUACAAAGGAAAGUGGAAGACUCCUUGGAUUGAUAACCCAGAAUUUGAGGAUGAUCCUGAUCUUUAUGUUCUCAAACCAAUAAAGUAUGUGGGAAUUGAAGUGUGGCAGGUGAAGGCAGGUUCAGUUUACGACAAUAUCUUAAUUUGUGAUGACCCACAGUAUGCAAAGCAAACUGUGGAAGAAUUUAUGGCUAACAAUAGAGAGGCUGAAAAAGAAGCUUUUGAAGAAGCAGAAAAAGAAAGAAAGGCUCGAGAAGAAGAGGAAGCACAGAGAGCCAGAGAAGAGGGCGAAAAGAGGAGGAGGGAGAGGGAUCAUAAAUAUGGAGAUAGGAGGCGCCGCAGAAGGCCUGAUCCCCACGAUUACAUGGACGAUUAUUACCAUGAUGAACUUUGAAACGUGCACCCUGAGUAGGUGGUCGCUACGUAAUUGCAGCAAUAAAAUGCAUCUUUGAUUGUUGCGAAUUGUAGGACCAAAGCUACAAUUGCACUGACUCUGCCAAGCUGUUCUGAACUGUACCAUCUGAGAAAAUAUGAACGUCAGCCAUUUUGUUAACUCCAUUUCUUUUGGAUUAUUAUUAGGUAACAGCUGGUCAGCUGCUACUGUAUUUUCGAUUAUUGAAGGUUGGAAUUAAAACUCUCUAUCUGUAUUCUGUACCCAAAAGGAAUAUAUAUUUGGGUAUAUUCUCUCUAUAUAUUUUACUCUUAUCGGCAGAAAUACUUUUUAUCUUACCAUAGCUGAUCUGGUUGGGAUUGGCAUUAACAG